GUCAGAGGUGGACAGUCUGAUGACUGACCUCAUUGUCCACGGGAAAGAUGCUGGACCAGGUUGUGCUGUUAGCAGCGGUCACAGUGCUGGGACUGCUGGAACAAGCGUACUUCUCUCUUCAGGUGAUCUACGCUCGGAGAAAGUACUCGGUCUCUCCUCCCGCCACUACUGGACCACCGGAGUUUGAGAGGAUCUUUCGAGCCCAAGCCAACUGUUCCGAAUAUUUCCCCAUAUUCGUCUUUUCGCUUUGGUUGGCUGGAGUUUUCUUUAGUCAAGUUUUGGCAGUGGUCUUCGGGCUCCUGUACCUUUAUGGACGAUUUCGGUACUUCCAUGGCUAUGCGGAGUCUUCUAAGGGCAGACUGGAGCCGCUGUACUUCAGUGCAAAGAUGCAGUGGGUGCUGAUCGCUCUUGCUGGACUGGGGGUUAUCUGCACCUUGACGCAGGUCUAUCUGGGACUGGACCUACUGCAUACCUUUAGUCAUGUUCUGGGCCUGACUGAACACACAUGAAGUGCUAGAUGUCAGCAGGAAACUGAAAACAGGACAAGGUUUAAGUGUGUAGUUACUGCACUGCCGGUGCUACUUGAAAAAUAAAGCAUAGAUUAUAAAGUUAUAAUUAUUCAUUUUAAUAUUUUAUUAUUUUAUAAGAGGCUUUGCAGUAAAAUGUUGACAAGUAUGGCAAAAGCUUAAAGAGAUUUUCACCCAAAAUUUACUCACAAUUUACUCUCCCUCAAGUGGAUCCAAACCUUUAUGAGUUCCUUUAUUCUGUUGUACACAAAAUAAGAUAGUUUGAAGAAAGAUGAAAACCUAGACAUCAACAGUAGGAAAUCAAAUACUAUGGAAAUCAAUGGUUACAGGUUUUGUCAAAAUAUCUUAUUUGUGUUCAGCAGAAGAAAAAAAUUCAAGCAGGUUUGGAACAAGUGAAAGCUGAGUAAAUGAUGACCAUGAUCAGUUUUGGGUGAACUAUCACUUAAAGUUAAGUUUACAUGUUAAAAGAAACUCAAAUUAGACGUCUCAAUUGAACCCAAACUAUCAAAUAUUCUACCUCCAUCUUGUAAAAGCACUGCCAAAGUUUAUAUCUGUUUCAUUAUAUUGUCUGCAUAUUUUGGUAAGUCCUCAGGCCUUUUUGUGGCAUUGUACAACAAUAAUUACUAUUUUUAUUUUAUUUUACUGUUUUGAAUGGAUUUAGGGUUGGGGUAGACGUUAAUAAAUCACAAUGUAAUGGGUAAUUUAAUAAAUGUUAUUAAUAAUUCUUUUUAACUUCCGAUAAUUUAACUUUAGGAGUACUGUAUAGUUGCAUAUUUUUUUAUGCUUUUAAAUGUUUUUGUAUUGAUCACUGUUUUAAAUUUCAUUUCUAUUUUUCUCCUUGAAAGAAAUUAGUUGAAGUCUUGAUAACCUAUUUAUAAAUGUCUCUAUAGGCUAGCCACAAAGUGUGAGUUUGACAUUCAUUUUGUACACAUGCAAAACUAACAGCAAUAAACAUUGUUCUCGAGAAGUUGUUAAA